ACAUUUGCCAAGCUAUGACCUGUUCAACAGAAAAGCUUAUAGUGGUUAUGAACAUAGUAACAUCUGGGGUUUUAAGACAGCCUCUCAAGUGAGGCCCUCAGAGCAUGCAGCAGCAACAUCCACAGCUAUGGCUCGUGACUUCUCUUUGAGGCAGGAAAGUAUAAUCAACAAGAUGUAAUCAUUUUCACUUUCCAUUAGUGACAGAGGAAAGAAUAUUGCCUAUGCCAGGCCCUCCAUCUCUUAAUAAUUGCUACCUUCUGCCAAUGGCAGAAAAUGAAGGCAUUUGUUUUCUGGGAAACAAAAACGAAGCUUUUUGAUUUCUAGAAAACACUUUAUAUGAAUAUGAAAUAUCAUCAGUGAAUGGACUGAGAAAAGGGCACAGAAAUUGCCUGGUUACAGCAGUGUCAGAGGAGAAAGCAGCAACAUACUGAAAUUUCCCUUUCAGUACUUUAGAGUGGAUGACACUGAAGGAACAGGGAGACUUUGAGCCUAGAGGAGUGAACAGAGGUGGCGUCUCCUGUGCUCCUUGUAUUGUUUGGGGACUGGGGGUAUUUUCUUUAUGAGCAAACGCAGUAUAUUGUUCAUUGUUUUGGGGGCUGGAUGUAAAAAGGUGCCACACAUCAUUCUAAUGCAAUUUAAUACAAGCAUGCAAAUAUUAGGGAAAAGGAUUAAUAUCCCCCUGUUCUGCAAUCCAAAUAAGUUUCUGUAUCUAAAAUUGUUUACAUGCAUACCUUGCCUUGGGUAGGUGGGUGGCAGGCAAUCUCUCUGAAUAUAUUCCUCCAUUUAAUUAGCACGUAUUCAUUUAUAUCUGAAAUUCAUUCCCUAGUUGUCAGCUUAUUUUUUAAAAAAUGUUGUACAAUAUUUGGUAGCAUAAGUCCUGAAAAUUAACAACCCUACUUCCUAUAUGAACCUAAAAGUCAUUGGGCAAUAAGAGGAAUGCUUGAAAUAUAAAACACUGGCAUCUUAAAAACACUGUAGCUAUAUAGACCCUUCCCUCUAUGCCUUUGUCAUUUUUUGUCAAACACUUUUGACUGUUUUGAAUAGUAAUAGAGAGGCUGGAUCAAAUGAGGAUGUGAUUGAUCAAAAGAUGGACUAAAUAGCAUGUCUUACAUAAAGCUAACCAGUUCAGGAACAAGAAAGGAAACUUAAAAAACAAAAACCAGACUUAAAAAUCACAUUACCCAUAACCCGGAAUUAACAUAAAAUCACCAUGCAAUGGUCACUGGAGAAAUUAUUUCUCCACCAUUAAUACUGUUACAGAAUACAUCAGCAACUACUUAUAAUUCAGUUAAACCAAACCGGGGGGUGGGGGAGCAGGGAAGGGGGAGACGGACAAGAAAACAAAACAAGCUCAAAACUGAAAGCCGGAGGUGGAGGGGGGGAAUUUCUGUACAAUACCUAGAUUGACCAUGAGUUUGACACGGCCUCCAUCCAGCUCUAGCCGCAGGGUAUCGGCUGAAUCACGGGAUGUGGUGGCCAUCAGGAGCCCGUAAGCCCUCUGAGACAUGAAGCGGAAGGACACAUCCUCUGCCUCUGUGUGCAUGACCAUCGGCAUAAUGAUCUUCAUGUACAUGCUGCCAUCAUAACUCAGAAUCGAUGCCUCUGAAAAAACAAAGAAAAGGAAAAUAAAAAUUAAUCGCUAUCAGCUCUGUGCCCUCCAGAUCUUGAACACACCACAGAUACAUUGCUUCACUCUGCAUUACUAUAGGCAAGUGGCCACGAGAUCUUUAAUAGGAAGUAUUGUUGUGUUGAGCUUAUCGUGUUGCACACCAAAAACAACAUGGAGGCUAGAUCAGUGAUAGCAACAAAGUUUCCAUUUUCUCCACAAAUUGGUUCCAAUAUAGCAUAUGCUACCCAUUCUACCUGCCUCAGGUGUUAAAGAUCUGCUUUCUUACAAAUCAAGCUAAUCUCUGCAGUUGGUCAAUAGUAAUGGCUUAUUUAAUAUGGGAAGGAAAAAGGAGUGUAGGGGUGAGAUUUUGGGGGGAGGGAUAGGAAAACAUUUUAUAGCAGUAUUUGAACAGAACAUUGCUAUAGUGGAUGGUUCUUCUUCUUCAUCAUCAUCUUCUUCUUCAAACACAUUUACUCAAAAAUUACAAAAAUUACAAUAGAGCUUUGUCCACUGCCAUAAUAUCACAGAAUGAUCACUCCAAUCCUCAAUCCCUCACCACGGUCAUGUUGACUCACCAAAUAUCUUCAAUAGGAACUCAACUACAAAUCUGAUUUACUAGACAGUUCACUUGUCUAGUGGAUGGUUCUUUGAAAAAUAUUUUAAAGUGAUGUUGUUGUUUUAUUUAUUUAAAAAAAUGUUACUUCCAUGAGCUUUGGAGUGAAGGGAAGUUAAAAUUCAGAUGAAACAUCUCAUUAUUCUCAUGCUUAGUGUGAGGACAGGAAGUUGAGACAAAUUAACCUAUGAUGCCACGUGCAUCUUAGGACAUAUUGCACACAUAACCUAGACCUAACAAUCACUAGUUUUCCAGUGGAAAGGUUUGCUAACUAAAGGUAAUAGAGAUUACUUAAGGUGUGAAGACACUCCAUUGACUUUUGAUAUAUACUUCUGCUCCAGCAAGACAUUUCGCUUCCACUCAUGGCCAUCUGCUGCCAACUGCUCUGUGUGAAGGCAUCCAGGAGAAAUACAGUAGCAGGUUAAGACAACAUUAAGUGCCUACUCUGGAGCCAAGUGAACUGUCCCUCUCUCUCUGGUCUCUGGGUCACAUACUACCAACUGUCCUGCAGAAAGAAAUCCAGGAGAGAGAGAGGCUGUGGAAGACAAGCCUAGGAACUUGUUCUUGCUCCAUCUGCACUGUUCCCUACUCUGCUGCAGGGCCACAUCCAUCGUCAGCUGCCCUGUAGGACAAAUUCCUAGAGAGAGGAGGAGGGAGGUGACAAUGAUGCUUGGAGCUUGUCUUGCCCCAGUUCUGGGUAGUUUUGGUUUAUGUGCAUGGGUUGGUUGGUUGGUUUUUAAAAAUGUAGCUCUACAUUUUAUAAAAAAUACGGAGCAUUUGAAAUAUUAUAUUACAAAUAAAAUUGAAAAUACAAGGCAUUAAAAAUAAAUUAUAAACAUUAUGAGUUGUUUUCAGGGCACCCCUCUAAAAACUCCCCCACUGAUCUCCAAGUUGAGUAGCACCUGCUUUUGGUCAAAUUCACUAAGGUAUGUGUUAUCGCAUGGAGUAAUUGCACCCACACCCUGAAUACUGAGAUGAUGCAUACAUAUUGAAUAAGCUCUGUCCCCGUGUUUCUUAGCAUUAACACAAAGAUUUGCAACGUAAACAAACAGCUGUGUGGAUACUGGCUGAGGCAUGCCUGCAAUUGUAAGUAUGUAUAUCAGUACUAUGGUGUUUUGCUGACACUUACACACAGUCAUCAAAAUUCUAGUCGCCAAACAUAUUGCCUAUCAAUUUUAGUUUCUCUCAGUUUCUCAUUAUUCAAAACUAAAGUGCAAUUCUCUAUAUUUCCACAUUAGUUUGCAGUUUGUUUAAAAAAGAAAUCCUCAUGAAAAUUCGCCAGCAUUUCAAUGUGAAUUUCUCCUAAUUUACAUAAUUUUGUAUGCAGUUUUGCCAAACAUACACAUCUGUGCAAAGCAGUGUUCCCUAAAUAAAUCCAUAUUUAUUUUUACUUAUAUAUGCAUUUUUAUGAACACCUGGUUGGAGAACUGCAUUGCAAAAUUCAGAGAAGUGAAAAUUUGGAAGGAUGGCUGUGUUUUGAUUCGUGUAUUGUACGGGAACAUGUGUGUUAGGUAGCUUUGUUUUAAAAUGUGAACUGAACUGAAUUAUAGCCAAUUGAACUGAUGUGUAAAAUGUGCAGACGCAGUAGCCUCCUCAGAUACACACAAACUAUUGCCCCUCUUCAUCUACACACCAUUUGCCAUGAGUGCAAACCAGCUGUGGGUCACAGAAGAAAAGCUGUGCUCCCUUUUCACAAGGUGUUGCUGCAGAGAAGCAAAGCACAGCAUGCUAAAUGCAAUUCCAAUCGCUUUCACUUCUGCACUCCCAAUACUGCUUCCAGCUGCUAGUAGAACAAAAUGUACUCUAUAUUAUACACACACUUACUGGCUGCAUGUAAAGAAACACAGUCGCGCACACCUCCCUGCUCUUGCUGUGGACUGUAUUAGGAAGUGAAGUCGAGCAUGAAAUGGCUCUUUUUGACACCUUCAGCUCGAAUGUGCCCUGCCUGAAACUGUCUGUGCCACUGUCUGGGCAUGUGUGUAGAGCUGGCAAGUAUCAGUGCAUGUGGUGCCAGUGAGCAUGGGGAUUAAUCGGCAAUAAGAGGACCCAAAUCCUUCCUUCCUUCCUUCCUUCCUUCCUUCCUUUCUUUCUUUCUUUCUUUCUUUCUUUCUUUCUUUCUUUCCUAUUUACAGAUAGAUAGAUGGCACGGUGAAAGCCAUUUUGCUGCUUCGGAGAUCUGAAAACAUUAGGCAGCCCUUCGAAACCUGUGAAUGGUAUUGAUAGGGGAGAUGUGGUUCCACUCUUUGCUUAAGAUGUACGGUACGGUAUAUUGAUUGGUUUAGGAGGGAUAGCAUGUGGGUUAUAUACAGCAUUCAUUGUUGCCAGAGAUGUGUACAGAUGGUGUUGCUAGAUGUAGUGUGGGGUAAUGGUAGAGUGUUAGACUAGGACCUGGGAGACCAGGGUUCAAAUCCCCCUCAGCCAUGAAGCUCACUGGGUGACCUACCUCACAGGGUUGUUGGUUGUGCUAACAGUUAAACUCCUUAGGCUGCAUUACACUUUGAUUUACAGUUUAAACAUAGCCAUGGCUUCUCCCAAAUAAUAAUGAGGAAAAGUACAUUCUGCAACAAAACAGACUUUCUAUAGGAGUUCUUUUUCAUCCGAGUGCCCCCAGGGCCUUGGUACUCUUAUGUAGUUAAGUAGGAAGGAAAGGACUAUUGUUCAUAAGCAUUUCACACAGUCUGCUACAACUAUCAUUACAGUUCAUUUUAAAGUUCCAAGUAUAUAUUUGCAAAGCAAGAAAAGAAUUGUUUUCAUAAUGUAUGAUUGAGGCUGCAUCCAGAGAGUUGUUAGGAGAUCCCCUCUCAGAGCUACAUUUUUCAGAGUGAUUUAACAACCAACCCCUCUCACCCAGGGAAUUCUGGGAACUGUAGCUCUGUGAGGGAAAUCAGAGUUUUUCAAACAACUUUCAGCACUCUUAACAAAUAGCAGUUCCCAGGAUUCUUUGGGGGUAUCCAUGAUAGUGAUAUGAGUGCUUUAAAUGUAUAGUGCAGAUGGGCCUAAGAUGGUAAAAUUAGACAAACUCCCUGGAAAAGCAAGAAGCUGGGAUAAUGGAUCAACAGCCAAUACAGUCGUACCUUGAAAGUCAAACGGAAUCCAUUCCAGAAGUCAGUUCGGCUUCCAAAAUGUUCGGAAACUGAAGCACGGCUUCUGAUUGGCCGCAGGAAGCUCCUGCAGCCAAUCAGAAGCCCCGUCGGACGUUCGGCUUCCAAAAAUAGUUCGCAAACUGGAACAGUCACUUCUGGGGUCGGGAGCCAAAACGUUCGAGAACUAAGCUGUUCGAAAAUCAAGGUACGACUGUAUUCAAACAGCUGUAUUGUCAUUAAAUAUAUCAUACAGUUCAAACAAUAAAUGAUAUUUUAAUUUAAAUUUUUCAUAUCAACAGACUUCGAUCAUAUUAUAAUUUGAAUUGUAUCGUACUUUCAGGUAGAUGAACUGGAACGGAGUUUGGACUCUGAAGGAGCAGGGGGACCUUCUGGGUGCAUUCCUUUCAUUUAAAGCUCAAGUGAUCUCUGUAGCACCAAGUGCCUUCCAUCAGCUUCACUUGGUGGCCCAGAAGUGACCCUAUCUGGACAGAGAUAGCCUAACUACUGUUGUGUAUACUCUGAUAACCUCUAGGUUAGAUUACUGCAAAAAGUUAUAUGUAGGGCUGCCUCUGAAGACAGUUUAGAAGCUUCAGCUAUUGCAGAACUCAGCUGCCACAUUGCUCACUGUGCAAUUUGAGCAUAUUACACCAAUCCUGGUCUGAUUGCACUGGCUGCCAGUUAGUUUCUGGGCCCAACUUAAAGUGCCACUUUUGACCUAUAAAGCCUUAAACAGCUCAGGACCACAAUACCUCAAGGACCACCUCUCCCCAUAUAAACUGACUUGAACGUUGUGAUAAUCAUCUGAGGCCCUUCUUUGUGUGCCCCUCCAUGAGAGGUUCAGAGGAUGGCAAGAUGACAAGGGUCUUUUCUGCAGUGGCACCCCCAUUUGUGGACUGCUUUCCCCAUGAAAACUUGCCUGGCGCCUUUUUACAUAUCUUUAGGUGGCAGACAAAACAUUCCUUUUCUCCCAGGUCUUUGGCUAGUUAAACAAUCUGUAGCCUUUUAAACUGUGGUGCUGUUUGUUACUAUGUUGUGAAAUUUUGUGUUUUUAUACUGUAAACUGUCAUGUGAUCCUUGAAUGAUGAAGGGCUGUUUAGAAGAGAGAGAGAGAGAGAGAGAGAGAGAGAGAGAGAGAGAGAAAUAUAAAACCACACAUUCUCUGAUAUCUCCUGGUUGGUGUUGAUGGAUUCUACUCCAGUGUCUUCUUCAGAAAAUCAGUGUCUAGAGCUCAUGUAUGGCAGCAGACAGAGGAGGGAGAAGAACAGACAGCAAUUCAACCACAGAAUAUCAUGGCUAGCAAGCUAACUGGUGAAAGGAUGAACAAGGCUGUUUUACCCUGUGCUAAGACAUAACACAUGUAAUUAUGGCACAGGUGUCCAUAGUUAAUUAGUGGAAGCAUUAGCAGUAUCUUCAUUAUUUCAUCAGACUGCUCAAUUUUGCUGGAAGCCCAUAAAUGACCCAUCACUCCACAAAAGAAGAAAACAGGGUGGGGAGUGGAGAUAGCCAAACAAUGUGGAUAAAUAGAACAAGGGUAGCCAACGUGGUGCCCAUGUUGUAGUCCAACCUCUGUAGGGCUGACUAAAGCUGAAUUGGCUGAAUGGCAGAAGGAGCAUCUGUAGAAAUGUCUAGCAUCUCCCUCAUCUGUAGAAAUCAGUGGUUUUGGGUUGAGUCUCAUGGAACUUUGAGUAAAAAGAUAAACUGAAUCUUUUCAUGUGCUUCUGUUUAACAGUUAUGGCUGGUGGCUGUCUGUUUUCAUAAAAAGAGCAUAGAAAAGAAGACAAAAGGAAGGAAGAAUUUAUAUAAACAAGGUAUCAAAUGCAUUCCCUGGUUUUUUGCAAGUCUACCAUUAUCCUCAUUGGCUUGACCUUAAAGUCAAAACCCUGUAAGAUUCGGUAGCUAUAACUAGUAAGAACAGCAUUAGCACUUGUAAACCUGCUUUGGGACAAAAUAUGGUGUUCCUCUUUUAGAUAUUAAACUAUCUAUUUUUCUAAAAUCCCUAUAUCUACAGCAAAAGGGGAAUAUUAUUAAAUUGUUAGAACUUGGCAUUAUUCCUUUCAGGACUGUGCUCAUGGGGGCAGGUGGGGGGAAGCAGACCAGAAAGGAAGGUUCAAAAACAUUAGGAAAGGCCGUGGAAACAUUUGCAGAUGGAGGAAACGGUUGCUGGUAAAUGUUAUUACUAGCCCAGAGACGUGGGGAGCAGGAGACUGUAGCCUUGCUGAAUCUUGGCAGGCACAUGAGGGAGCCAAAAGGGAGCAUUAGAGCUCCUCCUGAAGCCUGCUCCAAAUGUCAAUCUAACAUUUGCAGAAGUGCGCAGAACUGUUUUGAGAAGAAAUAUCGGACGAGAAGGUCAAGGCUGGAAAACUUGUACAAAGUCAGCAAGCCAAAUGAGAAGAACACAUGGGCUGAAAUUGUGCUUUGAGAAUCCAUUCCUUCUUCUAUAACUGUGGGACACGUGUAUAAAGAUGUAUUUAAGAUGCAGGCAAAGGGCUUUCUCAUCAGGUCGAUUCUGAUACAGCAUGCUUCUGAAUACCAGCUGCUGUGAAUCACAGGUGGGCAGGGUGCUAUUGCACUCAUGCUCUGCUUGCAUGCUUCCCAGGGGCAUCUGGUUGGCCACUUGACAAAGUGGAAAGGCAUUUAGAAGAGGGGUAAGUCUCAGAAGGUCGGUGGUUCGAAUCCCCUUGACGGGGUGAGCUCCUAUUGCUUGGUCCCUGCUCCUGCCAACCCAGCAGUUCGAAAGCACAUCAAAGUGCAAGCAGAUAAAUAGGUACCGCUCUGGCGGGAAGGUAAACGGUGUUUCUGUGCGCUGCUCUGGUUCGGCAGAAGUGGCUUAGUCAUGCUGGCCACAUGACUCGGAAGCUGUACGCCGGCUCCCUCAGCCAAUAUAGCGAGAUGAGUGCCACAACCCCAAAGUUGGCCAGGACUGGACCUAAUGGUCAGGGGUCUCUUUACCUUUACUUAAGUCUCCACUGCCUGGCCUACCAUGCCAUGCCCCCCACCACACCCCAAAGACCUUCAGGGGACCUAAUCCAGCCUUGGCUGAGCUGGCUUCUGCUGAGCUGGCUGAGCCCCAGUUGAGCCAGGACAGGGCACUUACACCUGCGCACCUCCAGCUGAACCAGGAUGGGAGACUCACCUGACUCAGACAUAGAUCUGCCUAUUCCAGACACGAACUUGCCCACUCAUCCUGGGCAAUCUUUAAUUUAAUAGCCUUAGGACAGCUCAAGCUACCAAUAAAGAGCUAUUUGUGGCUUUGCAUGAUUGAACAAAUAAUGUAACGAAGCACAACAAACCUUGUGACCCAUGAGUGAAAUGCUACAUUUGUAUUUGCCAGAAGAAAUUCAGAAGCAGGAGAAAGACAGAGAUUAUUAAAUUUGCCUUAAAUGAAAAAGCCCUGCUUGUAAACUAGUGAUAUUUUUUUUUAAGUCUGACAAAUAAAUCAGCUUUUGGGAAGUGUUAUGGAGCAGAGCAGGCAGCAAUUAGGCAGAUAAUGACAGCAUUGCUAGCUUGGGGGGGGGGAGUACAGUAUACCAUUUAAUUUGGUGUUCCAAGUUGCACCUUCCAAACUUAAAAAUACAAGUUCAACUAUAUGGUGUUUAUAACACCAGGAGGUGGGAGGAGGGUUCUGCACAUCCCUUUCUUACCCCAUCAAAGUACUGCCACUUUUCUCUUGCAUAACUUUUGUAAAGCUGUAAAAUUGCCGGGUGGCGACUGUCUCAAAGCACUUCAGACAAAUGGCAAUAUUACUCUACAGAAGGGUAUCAUCAAUAGGAUAGUAAGUUGGGCCCACUGCAGCUUCUAAUCAGCUCAUCAAUAGUGAUGUGAUGACUCUUUUUCUCCUUAAGUACAAGGCCAAUUUGUUUCACGGCAUUAUUGCGAGGAGAAUUGAAAGAGAGGAAGAGACGUCUAUUUUCUGCAGGCCAGACCUGGCAAAAAGGCAAAGGAUGAGAUGCACACACACCCCUCCUGCAACUGCCCACAACUGGCCCUUGAAUAUUACUUCAACACUGGCAGGAGAGCAGCAUCCUCCAUUGCAGCUGAGGGCAGCAGGUUAGCCGAGGGACCAUGGGGCAAACCACCCACAAUGCUUUCUCCUGCAACACCUGAGCAUCACUCCCUACCCUCGCCCCCGCAAGAGUUUCUGCCACCUGAAUCAGCCACCUCACUAUGCCUUAUGGUAGGGCCAGCCCUGCCAGAGGCUAACAGUGCAAUGCGGGCAGUGGUAAUAGAUGAUCAGCAGCAAAUAUAUAUGGCUUUCACGUAUAAAAUGGGAAACUUCCCCCAAAAUGAAUAUUUUGGGCAGAAGAUAAUGGGUCCCGUCAUCAGAAGCCCUGUGCAAGGACUUCUGCUUGUGCAAUGGGCUUACCCUACUGCCCCCCCUCACCUACUGCAACUUACUUAGGGAGGUGGGUCUGAAGAACCUAUGCAACAGCUCAUGGGAGGAGGGAGGAGAAGGGGAAUCAUUCCAACUGGCCAGCUGAAAUGCUUGCCCUGACGGAAUGAUCGCCUUAGUGCAAACACUGAAUUCUUCGUAAAGCAAUCCUUUCCUCUUGGUGUGCCACAGUCAGAGCCUCCCACCAGGGAAAGUCUCCCACUGCAGGUGUCAGUCCACUAAUGAAGAGACAUGUUCAUCACUUUGUAAUGCCUUGCAUAUGCUGGAUCCUAGAUUGCCUCUGAGCAUGUGCUGUGAGUAUUUCUACCAAUAUUAUGUGGCUGUAGAAAACCUAGAUAAGGCAAGAAUUUGGGAGAAGAGUACACUGGUACCUUGGGUUAAGAACUUAAUUCGUUCUGGAAGUCUGUUCUUAACCUGAAAGUGUUCUUAACCUGAGGUACCACUUUAGCUAAUGGGGCCUCCUGCUGCUGCCGCAUCACCACCAUGCGAUUUCUAUUCUUAUCCUGAAGCAAAGUUCUUAACCCGAGGUACUAUUUCUGGGUUAGCGGAGUCUCUAACCUGAAGCAUCUGUAACCCGAGGUACCACUGUAUUUAGGGAAGAAUGUUCAACUCCAAAGUGUGUUUCAGCCUCCUUACCAGGCUUUAUAGAAAGUAAGCACUAACUACAGCAUUUGCUAAACAGAUAAGAGCCACCAGAUUCACAUUGGAGGCAAUAUGUAGUACAGGGGUUAGCAACAACACAGCACCUAGCCCUUAAGAAAACAAUACACACACACUCUUGCUUAUUUCUUUUAAUACCCAGAUUUGGUUGCUAAUCCCUAUGAAAAUAACAUUUGGUUUACCCCUAUGUCAAACACAUACUUAUAGAUCAUCGCCGAAGGGGUUAAGAUGGGAGGGAAUUCCUUUUCUAUUGCAAUCUUGAUGUGGCGAAGAAUUGGAUCAGAACACAGUUAUCCCUCCGUUUUCACAUUUCUCUGAAUUUUGUAAUACAAUUAUUGGCUCCCCUCCUCAGUGCUGCAUGUGAUCUAUACAGAGCACCCGCACAUUUACAAAGAGUUUCCUUGGGAAUGAAAUGUAUGAAGUGCAAUAACAUAUUGACUAUGUAAGUUACGUAUGUUGUGUAAUGUUACCACAGAGGACAGAGAGACCAAUGACAUCCUUUUUGGCAUAAGACAAACUGCAGUAGAACGGAAGCAGUGAUGUAUACAGAGCAGAAGCACACACAGCGCCUUCUAAAACCCCUAGGUGGGACUGACUACCUACAACAUAGUGUUACUACAGAACUUCCGGGGAAAUGGUACUUGUUGGCUGACUAAGCAUGAUUAACAUUACAUUGUUCUAAAUUUCUUUUUUUCUCUUUUAUCACUUUCAUUUUCUUAAUUGGUAGGGCUACAUUAUUUAUUUAGCAAGCAACUCUGGUUCAUUUAUUCCAUCAGGAGGCUGCAUUUAAAACAAAAAAAGAUAAAUCAUGAGCCACCCAUGCAUUUAGAAUUUAACCGCAGGAAUAACUCAGAUGCAUUGGCUGAUUAAUUUCAUACUAACAGAGAGUGGCUUGUGGAAUCCAGGCAGCAACACCAGGAUAAAAUCUUUCCGGUUUGAAGAAUGCAUGCAAGAAAUAGAAGAAGAAGAAGAAGAAGAAGAAGAAGAAGAAGAAGAAGAAGAAGAAGAGGAAGAAGAGGAACAACAGUAUAACUGUCCAACCCCACAUUCAAGUGAGAAACCUGGCUUCAUUACUCCAGCCCUCCUAGCCAGUUAUUAUGUUGCAGACUAGGGCCCCAAUCCAUGUCUAGUCACUUACUUAAUGAACUUGUGGCCUUGGGUGGGGGUGCACAUCUAUAUCAGAUGUGUCCAUAAAGUUCAAUAUGGACCAGAUAAGCAUCACAAUCCACACUGGGCCCCCAGGAGAAUUGGAGAUUCUCUAAUGUGCCUAAUGUAUGCCAGGGUACAGCUUUUCUUCUAAACUUUCACGUGUGGAUUGGAAUCCCCCUAACUGCCACUCACCCUUGUACAAGAGGUUUGUGCUCACAUGCUGGAAUAUUUGUCCUUCUUUCCUUAGCUAUCUGACCCUUGUGCCAUCUUGCAAACGUGUUUCAAGAGUCCCUCAAUUAUCAAAAGUAAUUCCCCAUGUACUGGGGGUGAGUGGGAGGAAAAACAGAACUUUUUUGGCUCACAGAACUUUUUUUCAUAAUUAUCUGGCUCCUGCAAUGAAACCAAAUGCCCAUAUAAUGGAGGAAAUCUAACACAGUAACUCCGUGGAAGUUAAAACACAUCUGGGUCCAGCCAGUACUUGGAUGGUGGACCACAUGAGAAACCUACAAUGCUGGAAGAAAGGAGGGGUAUAGAUGCAAAUAAAUAUUAGCUAGAUUCUGACAUCCAUUAAUUUAUUGGGUUUAGAGGGGUUUCCCUCCCCUCAAACUUUUAAUGCUAUGUAUAUUUGAUUCUGUUUCAGAAAUCAGUACAGUGGUACCUCUGGUUACGUACUUAAUUCGUUCCAGAGGUCCAUUCUUAACCUGAAACUGUUCUUAACCCGAAGCACCACUUUAGCUAAUGGGGCCUCCUGCUGCCACCGCACGAUUUCUGUUCUCAUCCUGAAGCAAAGUUCUUAACCCGAGGUACUAUUUCUAGGUUAGCGGAGUCUGUAACCUGAAGCGUAUGUAACCCGAGGUACCACUGUAGUUAAAAUUUUCUUCCACCUACCUAGAGUCUUGUUCAUCAAUCAUAGACCUAAACUAUUUCACACCAGCUCCUUGGUGCUUUUGUAAAAGUAGCCCAGGGAGCUCAUUAUGUCAAGCACACUAUAUAUUAUAUUGCCUUUUUUUGAUAGUGUACAUUUUGCUAGAAUGAUCCUGAUGGUUUCUCACCAUAGUUUCGCUGAGAGUCCCAGAUGCCACUUUGACAUUGCAUAUUUUAAACAGACAGGAGACAGCAUUUGGGCUUAUUAUCUUGACAAAGGUCAGCUGGUAAAACUGUUAGGGCUCUGUUCCUCUUUAGUGUCGUGCAAUUCCAGCAUUGUUGCCGAGCUGAUAAAUAAAUUCAAUCAAGUUUCUGCACAAAAGAAGCUCUGACAGACAAAGAAAGGAGAGGUCUGUGCACGGCGUUUCAUAAGGGCAAUCAACGAUUUUAUCUCUCUAAUGCAAAAGCAUUAGCAAGGAUUUUACCCUUGAGUGCCUUAACCUCAAGAGCAUUCAUUUUACCAGAUCUGCCUCUAUAGCCCCAAAGUGGCAGGACUCCAUUGAAAGCACAGCAUUAGGAACAUUGAUUACAAGAAAUGGUAAACAAAAGGAUGUUGCAGUGCUCUUAAGGGCCACUCAUGGGGUGUUUUCAAAAAUGGUUACAUUAAAAGCCACCCCUUCUUGAAAACCAGCAAGCAAAAUUACAUUGUCAGAGGCUUAGUGCUGUCCAGCUGGCCAUAGAUAAGACUCUGGGCUCCCAGCCAGUUCCCAACAAUUGAUUUAUUUGACAAAGUUCAAACGUACAUCUCCAGCGUUUCCAUUAGCGUCGUUCCCCUUGUGCGCAGUUGCUCCCUCUAAUCUUACUUCCUCCUUUUCCGCACCCAGCAUGCAAGUCUGCGAAAACUCCUCCCCUUACUUCCUCUGUGUACAGCAUGACUUGUCCCAGGCUCAUCCUCCUCCCCCCCCCUACGUCAGACUGACUGUCAGACGACAAGCUGCUGAUAAUCUCUUUAGGCUCUCUAUAACUGCUCUCUAUAACUCUAUAACUUCUGUCCUGUCAUCUUUUCCCGUUUGCCUCUCCCUGACAUACAUGAAGCCUGAAAUCUUUCACUCCUCUACAACAGGCGCUGGAUUUGGCAGAUUUAAUACAACGAUUAUUACAACUAUCAAGAUUAUUGCCUGCUGGAUCAGACUGGUGGUGCAUCUAGUUCAGCAUCCUGUUCUCACAGCGGCCAACCAGAUGUCCACGGAAAGCCUGCAAGAAGGAUCUGAGCUCAACUCAGCCCACCUCUGAUUCCUAACAACUUGAAUCCAGAAGCACAAUGCCUCCAACAUUGGUGGAUGAAAAUAGCUAUCAGGGUUAGCAGCCACAGAUAGCCUUAGAUGAUGAUGAUGACGAUGAUGAUUAAAUUUUGUACAUUAAUAUAAUACAAAUAUACAGUGGUACCUCAGGUUACAUACACUUCAGGUUACAUACACUUCAGGUUACAGACUCCGCUAACCUCGGGUUAAGAACUUUGCUUCAGGAUGAGAACAGAAAUCAUGCAGCAGCGGCGCAGUGGCAGCGGGAGGCCCCAUUAGCUAAAGUGGUGCUUCAGGUUAAGAACAGUUUCAGGUUAAGAACAGACCUCCAGAACGAAUUAAGUUCUUAACCUGAGGUACCACUGUAUAAAUUUAUUAAUGAUUAUGAUGAUCAAGAAUAUAUCUUGCCUUACUUAAAAAAAAAAGGCAACUUAGAGAACAAUUAUUUUCACGGGGCAUGAAAUCAGCAGGGGGAGGACAGCACUUUGUUAUCAUAUUAGUGCCAGCACUGUGUUUUUUUGGGGGGGCUGGGCAAGCAGCCCUGAGUUGAACUACUUCCUCCUCAACCUUGUUGCCGCUGCUCAUGUGCUUGUGCCCUUCCUCUAGGCCCAAUCUUCAUGGCUGCCAAGAGCGUAAGGGAAAGGCAAGUGUUGGCUGCUGGUCCUUCUCCUUGUACUUCUCCCUGCUUCCUCACCCAGAAAGUGCAGUCAAAGAAGCAGCAGGGCCCAUGGGUAGGCACCGCAGUGCCACCCCCCCCCAACAAUGGCAACCCUUGAUUCCAGUUUGCAAAACCCUGGCUUAAACCACAGAGGAAACGGAAGCUGAUUUCUUACUUAACCCUUGGAUUCCGAAGGCAAAGUGGGAGAAAGGGGCUGGAAGGGAGGUGGAGAGAAUCCUGCAUCUCUAAAGCACUCUUUAUGCACAAGCUUCAAAACGACACAGCAAACACUGCAGUUCCACGCUAUGCUAUGGUCUAGUAUCUAGUAAUUUUCAUAACCUGAGUGUAAAUGCAACACAGGAAGAUGUCCAGGAGGAGCUCAAGCCGCUCCUCAGAACUGCUUGUGCCCCCUUUGGAAGAAUCAGUUCAUACUUCAUGAAUCACAGGACUUAAAGAGACUGGAUCAUUGGUCCUAUAUACUGCCUCAAACAAGGGGCUUCCCUGUCUGCAUUCAAGCUUGAGACUCUCUCUCUCUCCCUCUCUGAAUUCAGUGCAUUCUACCAGGUGUGACCUUUCCAAACAGUGGCGGCGGCUGUGCUUUUGCAUCCACGUUCCAUAUCGGACAACAUCUCCAGCCCAUCCAUCAAAAUGUCCAAGUGGUGAUUGCAUAUCUUCAUAUGGAGAGGGAGUCAAUUAAGGGUGAGUCAUUAAUGUGAAAUCAUUCCACUUCUCCCAAAAUGAAUAGAAGUGAAUUGGCACAGCGUUGGGCCAGUGCCCACUUCUCAGUUGGGCAGGAGUAGAUCAGAGUGGAAGCACAGAGACAGAGUGAACUCAUUUCAUAGAUAGAAUCUCCAAGCCCAAUAUGGUAAUUUCAAAAUUUGGAAAUAAUUUCUUAUGACAAAUGAAUCCACUUCUUCCCAGCCAUUUUCUCAUCAAGGCAUUUCACUUCAUCAAUGCCAACAGUAACUGCUUGCCUUGGCAAAAAAUCCCCCCCAAAACCAGAAGGCAACAGAAGAAGAGAGAGAGAGAGAGAAGAAUCAAGAACCAAGAUGGGGCAAUGCCAACUCUGAAAUGGGACUCCUGACACUUUGUGACCUAGAGAGGCAAUGGAGCUUGGCUCCAGCAAAUGAGCUCAGGGAAUUCAAUAGGAGAGAAGAGAGAUAUGACGUUCAAGGCUGGUUCACACAUUUACACAGAGGCAAAGCUGGGUUUACUUCCAAGUAUACACUCUACAGAACGGGCAGCCAACUAUUAGUCUCUGAUAAGUAGACCUGUAUGGUGUGCAUGUUUUUAGAUGUGCUUUCAUCACAUUUUGUCUUUACAAUAUUAAAUGCAUACUUGACACAUCUUACUGUAAAUACACCUCAGUUGUAGAAGGCGCUCCCCAGAAAACUAGCAUCUGCACUGCAGCAUUUUCAGCACCAGAUGAAGACCUCCGCCCAGGGCUUUUCAAUUGUCAAUUUGCAACUUUUCUUUUCUUUUCUUUUUUUUAGUGCUUUUAAGAUCUUCAGAACUGUUGCCUCCCCACCCCCACUUUUUAGGUUGAAAUCUGAAUUUAUUCUGUUGAUGGUUUUAUUCUGUUUUAGAUUUCAUUCUUAAUUUUUAUUAUAUAUUAUACCUUUUAUAUAUGUAUAAAUCACCCAGAGAACCUUUUGCUAUUGGGUGGCAUAUAAAUACAGUAAGUAUGUAAAAAAAAAAAAAUACAUACAAUGCAAUGUAAUGUGUGAAGUGGCUUGUUGAUUUAUGUCCAUAUAGCCCAAACCUAUGCAAGGCUGGCUUGGUUGAACUACAUGGACUAUUUAUUAUGCAAGAGUUUUCACAAAACAGUUGAGCCUGAAAGUUUAAAUCUUACCUCCCAUACAUGCAAACCAAGCACAUAUGGGAUCAUACUCCCAAUCUUUUCAGCAAAAAAGGGAGGGUGCUUUUCAGAGUUUUCCUAUAUAACACUUCUUAUAUAAAAAGCUACUGAUGAGAAUAUUUCCUAUAUAUUAAUUUGGAGCAGGGAUUAGUGCGGUAAUAAUUAAAACAAACAUAAUUAUACUUAUCCCUUCCCCUCUGAAAUUAGAUUAAUGAUGGUGAUAUUUCCGCACCAAAGCAUGCUUCAGACAUCAUUGCCUGUGUCAGGACUAAGCAGAGCUGGGAGCACACAGCAAAGGGGAAGAGGAUUCAUGGGUGGAUGAGGGCGUUCAUUUCUCCCCCCUCUCUUAAUUCACAUGGACAGAUCUGAGAACUCCCACACAGAAAAGGAAACAGGGAUACAUUUCAGUGCUGUCAGAGAAAUAUAGGUGCACAUUUUAAUUUCCUUGAGAAAUUACUCCAUUCCAGUAAGCAAGCAGGGUGUGUUUGUGCCCUACUUUACUUUAAACAGUAAAGGGUUGUCCAGUCCAAGGCCAUUUCAAAGAUAAAUAAGAAGGAAGAGAAGUUGUUUUGAAAUUGCCCAAACACAUAGCUCAGUCGGUAGAGCAUAAGACUCUUAAUCUCAGGAUCAUGGGUUUGAGCCCCACGUUGGCCAAAAGAUUCCUGCAUUGCAUUGAUGGACCUCAUGGUCCCUUCCAACUCUGCAAGUUUAUGAUUAUGUGAUUCUAAUAGCCCUGGACAGGAGACUGAGCCAACACACAAGUCAGUGGGUAACAAUCUCCCUACCAUGACACUCUCUCUCUCUCUCUCUCUCAUGGGGGUGAGGCUGGUAAAUUGCAAUGUUUGCUGACAAUACAGUGGUACCUCAGGUUACAUACGCUUCAGGUUACAUACGCUUCAGGUUACAGACUCCGCUAACCCAGAAAUAGUGCUUCAGGUUAAGAACUUUGCUUCAGGAUGAGAACAGAAAUCAUGCUCUGGCGGCGCAGCGGCAGCAGGAGGCUCCAUUAGCUAAAGUGGUGCUUCAGGUUAAGAACAGUUUCAGGUUAAGUAUGGACCUCUGGAACAAAUUAAGUACUUAACCUGAGGUACCACUGUAUAUGUUCAAAAUGUUCAAAGUUACCCCAAACAUCAUCAAGCCACCUUUCUUGUUAAGAAGAGCACAGAUAUCGACUGAGUACAGUCGUGGAUUUUCUGGCAGGGUGAAAGCUUCCUGUGCUGGCCCACAAUGAAGUUUACUUUUGGUGCAACAAUGCAUGACAAUCUAUUAAAGGCUCUGAUGAUCACAUUAUACACCCAGUGUAAAAUUUACCUCCCUGCCCCCCCCCAUACUUGUGCUAUGUGAAAUCAAGUAUAUAGAACCACAGAUCAUUUUUCAAUUGUUGCAUCACUGAAAUAAUAAAGAUGGAUGGUUGGGCUUUUUAAUGAAUUUUUUAUUGUUCGUUCAUCCUCCCUAAAUGUGGAUUAAUUACUUGGUUUAUUUACAGUACAUUAGGAAAUUUGAAGGACCGUCAAGCACUCAGGGUCAUUUGCUAGGAUGUGCUUUUUCCUCCUCCAAAGCUGGAGGUCACUCCUGCUUCUUAAAAUAUAUAUACAUAAGUCUUAUACAGAUGCCACUUGCAUAAAAGACAAAGGAACUGCAAAGUCCAACUGAAUGUCUUUACAGAAUCAUAGAAUUGGAGAGUUGGAAGAGACUAAAGGGUAAUGGAGUCCAACCCCCUGCAAUGUAGGAAUCUCAGCUAAAGCAUCCAUGACAGAUGCGCGAGCAAAUUCCAUGAUUUAGCUAUGCACUCUGUGAAGAAGUACCAUAUUUUGCCUGCCCUGAAUCUUCCAACGUUCAAUUUUAUUAUACAGUAUGUCCCUGUAUUCUAAUUAAAAUAGCAGCCACCAGCAGUAGCACUUGUUUACUAGACCAGCUUCUUUGUCACUGCUGUACUCAGAUGCUUCAAGGUAAGGGAGGAGGAGGGAAGCUACCAUUGCCAGAGGGACAGGGGGAGGCAGGAACACUUUGCUGCCACUGCCGCUGCCACCAGGAAAGUCCACCACCUCUCGUGAGAGUCUGCUCCACUGUUGAACAGCUUACUGUCAAAAAAAAAUUCUGAAUGUUUAGUCGGAAUCUCCUUUCUUGCAAAUUGAAGCCAUUGGUUCUAGAUUCAGGUAGGUAACCAUGUUGGUCUGACACAGUCAAAAUAAAAAAAUAAAAAUAAAAAAAUUGUCUAGUAGCACCUUAGAGACCAAGUAAGUUUGUUCUGGGUACGUAUAAGCUUUUGUGAGCUUUCAUGAGCAGAAGUGUGCAUGCACACAAAAGCUUAUAUGUACCCAGAACAAACUUACUUGGUCUCUAAGGUGCUACUAGACAAUUUUUUAUUUUUUAUGAAGCCAUUGGGUUUGAGUCCUACCCUCCAGAGCAGGAUAAUAAAAAUAAAAAUUAUUUAUUAUUUAUACCCAGCCCAUCCGGCUGAGUUUCCCUAGCUAGUCUGGGCAGCUACCAACAGAUAUUAAUAAAGACAAUAAAACAGAUAAUAAAAAGCAAUAAAACAUUAGACAUUAAAAACUUCCCUAAACAGGGCUGUCUUCAGUUGUCUUCUAAAAGUCAGAUAGUUGUAUAUUUCCUUGACAUCUGAUGGAAGGGUGUUCCACGGGUUGGGCGCCACCACCGAGAAGGCCCUCUGCAUGCUCUCUCCUCCAUGUGACAGCCCUUGAGAUAUUUGAAGAUGGCUAUCAUUUUUCUUCUCAGUCUCCUCCUUUCCAGGCUAAACAUACCCAGCUACUUCAAGCAUUCCUCGUAAGGCUUAGUUUCCAAACUCCUGAUCAUCUUGGUUGCCCUCCUCUGCACACAUUCCAGCUUGUCAGCAUCCUUCUUAAAUUGUGGUGCCCAGAACUGGACCCAGUAUUACAGGUGUGGUCUGACCCAGGCAGAAUAGAGUGGUACUAUUACUUCCCUUGAUCUGGACACUAUACUUGAUGCAGUAUACUAUACUUGAUGCAGCCUAGAAUAGCAUUGGGGGUUUGGGGGAGGUGUUGGCUGCUGCAUCACACUGUUGAUUCAUGUUAAGCUUGAGGGUCCACUAAGACCCCUAGAUCCUUUUCACAGGUACUACUGGCAAUCCAGGUGUCUCCCAUAUUAUAUUUGUGCAGCUGGUUCUUCCUGCCUAAGUGCAGAGCCUUACAUUUGUCCCUAUUGAAAUUCAUUUUGUUAGCUUAGGCCCCAUUCUCCAUUCUCCUAAGGGCAUACUGAAUCCUAAUUCUGUCUUCCGCAGCAUUAACUACCCCUCCCUGUUUGGUGUCAUCUGCAAAUUUGAUGAACAUCCCCAUAAUUCCUUCACCCAAGUUGUCUUAAGGUAAAGGUAAAGGUACCCCUGCCCGUACGGGCCAGUCGUGUCUGACUCUAGGGUUGUGCACCCAUCUCACUUAAGAUGCCGGGGGCCAGCACUGUCCGGAGACACUUCUGGGUCACGUGGCCAGCGUGACAAAGCUGCAACUGGCGAGCCAGCGCAGCACACGGAAACGCCGUUUACCUUCCCGCCAGUAAGCGGUCCCUAUUUAUCUACUUGCACCCGGGGGUGCUUUCGAACUGCUAGGUUGGCAGGCGCUGGGACCGAGCAACGAGAGCGCACCCCGCCGCGGGGAUUCGAACUGCCGACCUUUUGAUCGGCAAGUCCUAGGCACUGAGGCUUUUACCCACAGCGCCACCCGCGUCCCUCAAGUUGUCUUAUUUUGGUAUCAAUUGUUUCCACACUACAUCUUUAGAAAGCAAUGGUACCUACAGGAGCACUUGUGUUACUUAGGAUGCCAGCAAAGAUCUGUCCAUCUCCAAGUUCCCUUGUCAUCCAAAGUGCACCUGGUGACUACUACCAAGAUAUAAACAAAUACAACUGAUAGAGGGAUAUUUUUGGUCCUGGUGCCCUGAUUUUUGAGAGCUUGUCUUGCCAGAAAAGUUCAUUUGGUGCCUUUCUUUAUGCCACUGUGGCAUCUGAUCGUGUGCAUUUUCCCAAACUUUUCAUUCACUCUGUUCCACUUUCUCUCCCAUAAGGAUAACCUCACUAAUCUUAUGUCCCAAAGCAGGGCAUGCACAUCUACAUUAUUCCUGCCAUGUGCCUGUUAAGCUUUGGUGUGGAAUCCUCCAGGGACGAUUCCACAGACUCUCUAGCUUGUUCUCUUACUGAAUAGCCUGGAUGUUCUUAACACUGAACUGAAAUGUAGCUUUCAUGAAAUGUACAAUAAUAGCUCCUUGAUCUAUUCAUGGUGGAAAUGGCAAGCAGUUUGCCAUCUUUGACAUGAGGUCCUUAUACAUAUCUGAAGAAUUUCAACACAUCAUAUCUUUUCCCCAGGAUGAAAACCCCAAGUCACAGAUAGGAUUAGCAGAUCAUUAGCCAUCUUUAUAAAUAUCUCAUAAAUUCUUCAAUCUUACAUCAUAUUUCUUCAAUUGCAAUGGUGAGCAAUGAGUUAAAUCUUCCUGAAUGGAGCAGUGCAUAUGUUCAGUUACUUGUAUACAGGAUGGCAGUUUGGACACUUUUUUUGCAGGGGGGACGACUAUUUCAUGUUGGGGUCCUGCUAUUUACAUCCAAGGUCACUUGCCUUCUCACUUGCAUCCCUUACUGGGGGUGGGGGGAUCACGGGGCUAGGAUCAUAAGAAAAUUAUAAGUGACCUCUGUGAAGCCCACAAGCAAUAACUCCCUCCUACUCAUGUCCUGAUAUUGUUUGGAAUUAGUCUCAGCAAUGUCCACACAGAGAAACAUCUCUGAACACAUAUAUAGGUAGAAAGCAUUUUUGCUAUGACUGAACAUUAUCAGAUGAGCACUAUGAAGUUAGAUUAGAUGACCCUUGGGGUUCCUUCUAACUCUAUAGUUCUAUGAUUCUAAGUCAGAUAUUAUGCUGGAAUAAUAGUGCAAGGAAACAUGGAUGGUAUUGCUUUCUUUCUCACGAGGAAGGUUAAUACAUGUAUCUGUGAACAAAUUUGUCCUGAUAUAUCCACCAAACUAUGUCAUCUGCCCAGCUAAAGAGAUUGAUUGCAUAUAGGUUAACUACUAAAUAGCAAAGAACAGUGAAAAGUUGUCUUAAGAAAUGGGAAACACUGAAUAAAAUUUGUAGCCACAUCUCAGACUCCCAUUCCGCAGAGAAGAAUCGGGAAAGGAUGCUUGCAAAUUUCAUUUCAAAUGCUCUCAGAUUUUCUAGCUGUCAAGGGAGAAAACGCAGUUGGGAAUUGUCGGAUCGAUGAACUGCCUUGUCAGAAGGUCCAAUCACCUAAAGACCAUGAAAUUAUCUUCCCCAAAUGCUGUAAUCAACUCUACUAUGCAAUUAGGUGAAAACACAUUCUGCCACAGGAAUGGGUAACAUUAGGAUUACAGACAUAGGUUGUAGUCCAUUCAUCUUAGAGUUAGCCACAUUCAAGUCAAAGAGAGUUACUUCUAUUGAAGACAUGUGCAGGGUUACAUUGCAAAAGCAGCUAGGAUCCCAAAAAUAUACAUCUUAGGUGUCAAAAGGCUUGGUAAAGAGGUGUGUCUUCAGCAUUUGCUGUAAGCUGUAUAAUGAAGAACCCAGGUAUACCUCUGUGGGGUGCUCCACAAUUUAGGGCUGACAUAGAGAAUUAUCUCUCUCAACCCACCUCCAGCCGGAGUUUAUGAGGGAAGUUAAGCAACCAAGAGGGCCCCCCUCUGCUAAUCUUAACACCUGAUUGGGUCUGUAGGAAAGGAGGUGGCCUUUCAGGUAUUGGGGCCUGAGUCAUUCAGGGCUUUAAAAACUAAUGUGAGCACCUUGAAUUGAAUGGCUCUGAUUACUCAGUUCCACAUCUCAUUCAAUCCUACUUUAGCUGAUAAUACAUUUUCUUUGUGGUUUCAAUUUACUAGAUGGGCCCACCAAAACAUUCAAGAGAGCUCCAUCUCCUGGUAUAUCUUGCUCUUUUUAGAGUUUAAGAAUCUUUUGAGCAAUUGUAUUUCCAAGUGAUAUCUAGCCUUGUGUUGCGAGGCCCCGUGACCACCCCAUUCCCUAAGGUGUAAAUAACUACACAACCUGCAGCAUAUUGGUUUUGGGAUCAAAUAAGGCCACAAUUUCAUUGGCUACGGAUGUGAAGGUUUGGCCAUAGGCACUGAGGCAACAGCGCAUGUCACUCCCACCGGCCUCCUGGGAGUGUUUCUAAGGGUGAAGCCAGUGUCAAAUCGGGGUGUCCCCCAAGCGGUCCCUGAUGGAGGAAUGGUAUGGCCAUCUGGGCACUGGACAGAAGCCACUCCCCCUGGAUCCUUUUAACAGGAUACUCUUACCCAUGGGGGGGAGCAGGCGGAGGCUACAACCUCCCCUCCAACCAAGACUAGGCUUACCUAGUGCCUAUCCGCCUUACAAAGUUGUGGUGAUUGCUAUGAGGUAGGCAAGAACCCAAAUGGUGGACCCAAUUUGCCAGAUGGGAAAAAUUCCUGCCUGGCCCCUAAAUCCAGUGACUGACAUAGUCCAUAGCAAGGUUGUACCAUGCACAAAAAACAACAACAACUCUAAUCUGAGGGAUGGUUGGUUGGAGAACCAGCACUGUGAGAGAGAAGCUAAAAGGCCCUUCAGGCCAGGCAUUUAUCCUUGCCCUGGGUGUGGUGCCAAGCACCACUACUGGUCAGUUGGCACCAUGCCUGGAGACCUCCCAAAAAAAAUUUCUGCCACCAUUGGCCAAUUCAGCAGCAGGAGGACGAUCUGGCCUGCAAUAGACCAGUUCACAGGGGAGACCUGGGGCCCAUCCGCAAAAACGCCUGCCCAAGGGAGAAUAGAUUUAACCCACAUGGUCAGUAUCCUUGACUUGGACACCUUGAAGAAAUGUCCAAAACAUACUGGGCCCCAUCUUAAGUAAGUCCUUAAUUUGUAGAUAGUGCAGACAGCCUUGAAAACAGCCCUUCCUUUUAGUCAUAGAAGAGAGACAAAACAAGAGCUGUGCAACUCACUUCACAUAGUAAAUAAUUUUGUAGCACUUCUUAUUACCCUGUAAUUUUAUAGCUCCUAAGUUUAUUGGAUACAUAAUGGGCAGAUGUGUGCUGUCAUUAAAGAGCUUUUAGGAAAUGCUGCAAUAAAGGUACUCAGCAGAUAAUAAAAUGGAAGCUGAAGCCCUCUGUUUACCACCACAUAACCAACAGCAGAUGCAUUGCCCUUCGUAAGCAGCACCCAGCAAAGUAGAUAAUGAAAAACAGUUGGUGCCAAGGUUAAGCAGGGAGAUUCAAGCAAAGAUAGACCCUGUGUAAGUUUGGCAAACUAUACAGGCUUCAUAAUUUACUCAUUCCAAGGAUUCAAAUGCCAGUAAUCUAGAAUCAUUUGCAGACUUUCUAAUCAACAAAUUGAAGGCUUGCCUGGUUAACUGACUCACUUUUAUCUGGUUAUAGGUAGGUAGCCGUGUUGGUCUGAAGAAGUGUGCAUGCACAUGAAGGCUCAUACCAAUAACAAACUUAGGUGCUACUGGAAGGAUUUUUUUUAUUUUGUUUCACUUUUAACUGGAAAUCAAAUAAUCUGCUGAUGAUAUUUAUUGUUACAUGGUCAUGUGUACUUGAACAAGAAUAAUGUGCAAUGAGUUAUCAGGAAGCCUGCAAUAGCCUUACAUGAUCUAGUUAGGUGGCCUAAAAACGAGUCAAAUAGACAUGCUUUGAGGAUGGGCUCAGGGCUGGGACUGGGCAAAGACAUAAGCAGGAAACAUUACUGCUCAAAAGGUUUUCGGGGCUCUGGAGAAGUUCCUAUGCCAGCUGCUGGUCUAUGCAUCCAAUCUAGCUAGGAGGAAGUCAUCACUGCAACUGGGGGCCCCCAUUUUAGACACUUUACUACAUUCAGCUUGUAACUUGCAUGGGAAUUACAUUCCAGGGAUUGUGCAUACAGCCCAAAUCCUGUAUAGUUAGAGCAAACCUGGAACUGGCCCCACACGUCCAUCCAUACUUUUCUAAAGCUGGCACACUGAGUAGGCUUUGCCCCCACACCAAUGCAAGAUGGAGAGCUUAAAAGCUCUCCGCCAUGUGUGCAUUUAAUUUGUGUGAUUUCAGUUGAUCAGCUACCAAGCGCAUAGCGCUGUGAUCACAUAAGUUAAAUGUGCACAAGUUGCAAGUCUACUAUACACAGCCACCUAGGAAAGCGUUUAGCAUUGCAAGCAUUGCAAGCAAGGGAUUAUUGGCAAUUUACUGAUUUGAUUACAGAGAAUUAUAUAAGCUCCCAGGGUCAGUUCUUUACACAGGCUUGCAGCAGGGUUUCUACCUGUCCUGUUCUAAAGGAAGUGGAGGGAAACUCUGGAAGCUGGGCAGUGCUUACCAGGACAGUGUACCAAUAACUCUCUGUGCCUGAAUACAACACAACACAGGUCCGCCCUUAGCUACCACUUGUAUGGGAAAGGCCAGGGGUGUCCUGAACUGAGAAGCAUGCUGCAUGUUUGAGCUUCUUAUUCUUCUCUUAGGCGCUAUCCAGCAGCUGUGCCCUUUGCAGAUAUGUUACUCAGAAUUGAGGGUAGAGGAAAACCGCGAAAAGCAGCCAUGCAAAGGAGACAAGGACAAAGUUAAUGCAAGCUGAAGAACCAUGAAAGUGUUAAUGGUCUGGCUUGUAUGUUCUAUCCAGAGAACCAUGACAUUUUAAUGACUAAAAAAAAAAGGUAGUGCUACAAAUAAGUUCUGAGGCAACUGGAACUGACAGUGAUGGCUCUGUGCUCCAAAUUUGCCAGGGUUCUGCUGAUAUUGUUUUAAUAAUCCCAACUUGUCAGUGAUUAGUUUCCAAAGAGGGGAAAGCUGGGGUCAAGCUUACUGGGACCUAAAUCAUUUGACCUGAAAGUCUGCCCUCUGAUCUCAGAUGUGUGGAAGCAGGGCUGUGCCAACACAGUGAGGUGACAAUGAAGCUCUGCACAUACUCUGGGCUGGGUCUGAAUGAAGUGGUAGAAUUUACUGUCAAUGCAAUGCUGGUCAAUGCAAGUCCAUGACUUUUUAACGCUCUGUUAGAUUAGAAAAGCAACUCCCUGUGAGUAGAAAAACAGUGAAGCAAAGCGUGAGCUAGGCUAUGACAUUUCUUCUUGAAAUACUUGCAAUACAUUGUUGCUUUUCUUCAUGCAAUGUAUUUGCCUCCUCUCAAUUCUGCUGCAUGGGUAGACUGGGCCUUGGAGGCAUUUUCAUAUUUACUACCACAUCCUGUGUGCCACAGCUAUAUCCCUACACUGAAAGCAGGUUGUGGGGCGGUGCCCUGCAUCCAGUUAAUCCUUGCACCUUGCUUAUUUGAUAGAAUCAAAAUAUCUUCACAAAGGGGAGCUGUGGUUGGGAUGUACAGAGUAUUAACUUCAAUUUGCUUUGUUCAACUAAUGGUACAUCAAGACAGCAAAAGACAUCUAUGUUGCAAGGCCAGUGAAUUCUCCAUCAUACAUAACAUGUAUGAUUAAAACUUUCUUCCCUCUACCACUCUAAUUAAUCAAUUGCUGCUUGUAGGCUUAGCUGAAAAGCCUGGAAAUGUAUUUCAGGUGAAGUGUCUGACAGAGAUUGCUUCCAAGCAUCCCAAGGCUUCAGUACCCCAUCUGUUAGAUUUUCAUUAAUAUUAUGUCUCAUCUAUUGCCCCAAAGAAGAGCAUUUGGCUAUAGCACAUGUAUGCACAAAGUCCCACAUUUAGUCCCCAGUAUCUCCAGGAGGGACUGGGAAUCUCCUUUGUAUGAAAUCCUGGAAAGCCACUGCCCAUCAGUAUAGACAAUACACAGCCAGAAUGACCAACAGCCUAACUCAGUGUACUACAGCUUCCUAUGUUGCUAUGCCUCUUCUAAUCCAGAAUGUGGCAGGGAGACUGACCAGCACCAUAUAACAUCAGUCCUAAAGAAUCUACAUUGGCUCACUGUUUCUAAGCACAAUUGUAAGUGUUGCUGCUGACCUUUAAAGCCCUAAACGGCCUUGGCCCAAUAUACCUGAAGGAGCGUCUCCACCCCCAUCGUCCAGCCCAGACACUGAGGUCCAGCUCUGAGGGCCUUCUGGUGGUUCCCUCACUGUGAGAAGUUACAGGGAACCAGGCAGUGGACCUUUUCAGUAGUGGUGCCCACCCUGUGUAACGCCCUCCCAUCAGAUGUCAAGGAAAUAAACAUCUAACUGACUUUUAGAAAACACCUGAAGGCAGCCCUGUAUAGGGAAGUUUUUAAUAUUUGUAUUUUAAUUUGUUGGAAGCUGCCCGGUCCGAUGGGUGGUGUAUAAAUAAUACAAUUAUUAUUAAUAAUAAUUAAAAUUCUUUCCCAACCUGUCUACAAAUCUAUACUUCUUCCCUGCCCUCUUUGACUCUAUUUCUUUUCAAACAUUUCUGAAUUCUUUCAGAAUGUGUGUCAUGGAAGCAAACUAAUUUACUUAAUUUGAUGCAUUCCGAUCACAGAUCUUUAAAUUUCUUGGCCCAGAGUAUUAUACAAUAUAUGCAAUUCUGAGGGCAGGAAUGGGCUUCUGAAUCAGACAGUUCUGUCCUAUCUGGUUGAGUUGUACUUAUGCAACCCAAAAGGACUGAAAAUUGCUUAAAAUGGAAGGCUAUUUUUGACACUCAGGAGAAUGAACAUGAAAUGAUGCAAGCAGUUCCAGCUCUGCCCCAGCCAAACUGGAUUUUUGUGAAAGCCCAGAAUGAGUUGUAACUAUGUUAUAAAUUCCUAUCAGCAGAUGUAGUGACACUAUAUCCAAUACGUAAGAAACUGACUCAACUCUGAAUUUGCCAAGAUCUUUCCAUUAGCCUGUCAAAUUUCACCAUUUCACUGCAUCUUUAUGAAACGACGUCUUAAGUCAUUCUUCCCUAACCUAAUGUCCUCAAUAUGUCAGGGGUGGUGGGAAUCCUAGCCCAAAACAUCUGCAGGGCAAGAAGCUGGAGCCGGCUUUGGUGAAACAAAACAUGCUCAACCCAACUGAUAUAAAGGAGAAGAAUGCAAAACGGUCUGGAUGCCGGCCAAGAAAUUGUUAUGGAUACCCCUAAAUUCCUGGGUGCCAAAUCCCCCCUCCUAAAUUUACUAGGUGUGGUUUUUUCCUGACCAAGGAAUCUUCCAGCAGAUAAGCCAUUAAGAAACAAAGGCUGGAGCUUAGCAAAGCAGGGGCUGUGCCAGCCACAAAUGGGGAAUAGUUAGCAAAGACAAUACGAGAGCUGGGAGGGGAAUGUUUCAGAAUCACUGUGGGCCUGAAGUAAGCAAAUGGCUGGUGUCUCGGUUUUGCAAGAGCAUAAUAUGAGCAGGGAGGGAAAAUCCUCUCCAGUCUGGAAGCGGCAAGCAGGAGGGAGAGAUGCAGAGGCAUGGCUGACGUCUCAUUAAAAUCUGAGACGAUCGCACCUAUGGGAGAUGCAUGAUACCCUCUUGGGGUGUAAUGCUGGGAUUCCCUUCCAACUAGAAUCAGGUUGCAUAUAAGUGUAAAUAAACCUUCCAUCAUGAAGACACCACAGCCUCCUCUGCACCUCAUUCCCAAGAGGAAACACAGAGCCCGGGUUAAAGUGUGCCUGUAACCCCUGGAAUCUCACACCGCUCAUGGAGACUGGGGUGGCGUGUAACAAUAUGUUGCAUUUCCUUCAGAAACUGGCAUUUCCGGCAUCAACAAAUCCAUUGCCAAUAUAAUGAAACUGAUUUGAAUAUGGUGCAUGCUCCGUGCUUCAGUCAGGGCUAUGCUUGGUUCUUGUUUCCGGAAAAGCCUGCAGACUGUGAGAAGGUGGCUUCACAUCCGUGCAGAAAACACACAUCAUCUCCAUAAUCCAGAUCUUUCCGUCUGCAAAGCACCUUCAUUAGCUCAGCCGCCACAGCUAUUGCGCUCACCUAUCGCUGCAGCUGCUGUCAGACUCUCAAGCAAAUGAGAAGCCGAUAGACACAGACAAUGCUAAUUGCUCCCUAAAACUAAGCAGAACUUUUAAUGCCACUGUGACUCCAUCUGUCCUUAUUCCACUACCAGCCCUCUCUUUGCACUCCCUGUCAUCUGUGGAGCAUCUCACUCACCCUUGUUUGCCUUAAUGAAACUGACGCAACAUUGUAUGCCAAUAAAGCCUUAUUGCUUGUGCAUUAGGACCUAUUAUUAUCAUUUUUUAUUAUUAGUAAUUGUAUUUAUUUAUACCCCACGUUUUCCCCUGACAGAGACUCAAGGUAAGAACAACAAGGGGGGGAUUAAAAAAAUUAAACAUUGAUAGGAUUAAAUCUCUCUCUCUCUCCCUCUCUGUCUCUCUCUUCUCUCUUCUCUCUCUCUCUCUCUGGACUAUUAAAACCAUAUCAAUAACUGCAAUGAAAACAACAUAGCACCAGCCCUUUCAUUAAAAGCAGUCAGCUCCCGAAAGCUUGUUGGAACAGGAAGGUCUUCCUUUGCCAGCAGGACAACAAGGAGAGAGCUAGUCUUGCUUCUCUAGGGAGGGAGUUUUAGAGUCUGGGAGCAGCUAUCAAGAAGACCCUUUCCUGCAUCCUCACCAAGCAUACCUGUGAGGGUGGCGGGAUCGAGAGAAGGGCCUCUUUUGAAAAUGUCAAAACCCAGGCAGGUUCGUAUGAGAGGAUUUUUGGGGGGGUUACCUUUGCUGUGUUAAAUGUGCAUUCUGUAGCUGACUUCCUCUGUAAUGCUUUAUUUUUCAAUCUUUAAAAUAAUAUUUUUGUUUCCUGUUAAUUAUGUUGUUUUGAAUGUAUACUUCAUAUUUUAUUCUGGAUUGUUUUAUUUGAUGUUUUAAUGUAGGCUGGAAACCACUUUGAGAUAUUAGAACUACUACUAAUAAUAAUCAUAAUGUCUUUCAAAUAGCUUUAACCUAAACCAUUUAGAGCUUUAUAUGUCAUAACCAGCACUUGGGGCAAGGGGAGGAGAGAGUGGUGUAACUGUUAGCAAAACAGGCAUCCAUUCUCUGACACAUAAUUCUGAACAUCCAGCCCCGUCACUACAAAAACAUGAAUUCUCCAACAGUCUUUGAUGGUACAUUUGUCUUUUUUGGGAAAUAAUGAGCCAUGUUCCAAGCUAGGGACACACUGGGGCCUUGGGGUAUAUGUGUAUCAAGCAAGACAGAUGUUUCACAAGGCAGGGUUUCUUUUACUAAUUACUCAGUUUAGGUCUAGUUCUCAUGGACAAUUAGGCAAAUUCAUUUCAGGGGCAGGUUCAUGCCUAACACCACAGUCACUAACAGCAAACUUGGGUAGUGGGGAGCACCAACAGAAAUGGAGCCCAAACAGGGCUGCUAUUAAAUAAGGAGGAGGCAAAGGCAUGUGUUUGGGGUUUCUGUAAGGGGAGGGCCCUGAAAUUUGCAGAAGUACUAAACAAACAUCUCUAAAAUGUAAGGGAGCCAAAAAGUCCUCCAAAACAGCCCAGAAGGGUUUGGAAACGAAAAACAGAAAACCAGGGAGGGGAGCUGCUUCCAGCUUAUAAUAUCCUAAUGAAGGACAUGGAUGCUGUUUAACUGGAACCCUGAACAGAAGCAGUUGUGCUGUGAAGUGAGGAGGAUACCCUGCAACAUCUUGCUGCCCAUUAUUCAUUUUAUUAUUAUUACUUAUUGAAUUUGUUAGUCGCUUUCUCUUGCCCAGGGCAACCCAAAGCAACUUGCAGCCAAACAGACACAACCCCCCCCCCCACAAAGAUACAGUGGUGCCUCGCAAGACGAAAUUAAUCCGUUCCGCGAGAGUCUUCGUCUAGCGGUUUUUUCGUCUUGCGAAGCAACCCUAUUAGCGGCUUAACGGAUUAGCGCUAUUAGCGGUUUAGCGGCUAUUAAAGGCUUAAAGGCUUAGCGGAUUAGCUGCUAAAAGGCUAUUAAAGGCUAUUAAAGGUUUAGCGGAUUAGAUAAAGGGGGGGAAAAGCAAAAAAAAAAUCUCAAGACUCGCAAGACAUUUUCGUCUUGCGAAGCAAGCCCAUAGGGAAAUUCGUCCUGUGAAGCAACUCAAAAACGGAAAACCCUUUCGUCUAGCGGGUUUUCCGUCUUGCGAGGCAUUCGUCUUGCGGGGCACCACUGUACAUUAAAACUAAGAGAGAGAGAAAGAAACACAUUAAAAACAUCCCACCCUGUUCUAAAAGGCCACAGAUAGUUAAAGGCCAAAGGUCUGCUUAUAGGGGAAAGUUUAUAUAUGAUGGUGCCAGGCGAACGUCCCUGGGGAGAGCAUUCCACAAAUGGGGAGCCACCGCAGAAAAGGCCUGUUCUCAUGUUGCCACCCUCCAGACGUCUUAUGUAGGCAGCACACGAAGAAGGGCCUCAGAUGAUGACACAGGGUCCAGGUUGAUUCAUAUCACACUUGCAGCAUAGACUCUCACGCACAGAUACAGUACAUGCUGGGUGCAUAUGAAGCAAUUUAAUGUCACACUGUUACAAAUGGUCCAUCACCAUUUUGGCCAGCCAUCAAAGCACACCCUUGUCAUGGUUGGACCAUUAUUUUGGUGAAGUUUGGACUGGUGGUGUCAAUUCCUUCCUGCAAGAGUGGUGGGCCUGUUCAGGUGGCCCAUCCUUGGAAAGUGAGGGAGGCUGAUAGGUUCCUGGAACUAACUUAACGUUAGUUCUGCCUAAUGAUAAUCAGUCCUCCUGUGUGGCAGCACUGAACACCCUGCUCAUAUUAGGAAGGCAACUUCAGUGUAUUGUUCUCAGAUGCUGCUUAAAACCCGUUUUUGUUUUGGCAGGUCUACCCUGUAUGUAUGUAAAUGUUCUUUAACAUGUAUCUCUACAGAAGCCUGCAUGUCCACACAGUUCUGGCAAGCCAUAGUUUGGCUUACUGCGAUGUACAGUGGUGCCUCGCAAGACGAAAUUAAUUCGUUUCACGAGUUUUUUCAUCUUGCAGUUCUUUUCGUCUUGCGAAGCACGGUGUCGGAAAAGCUUUGGAAAAGCUUCAAAAAUCACCAAAGUCCUCAAAAAAGGCUACCACACCGCGUGUUAUGAGUUGCUCCUCGAAGUCAAGUCGCAACUGUAUUAACGGUUUUAAGAAAAAGGAAACAAACUUGCAAGACGUUUCCGUCUUGCGAAGCAACUCAAAAAACCAAAAACCCUUUCGUUUUGCGAGUUUUCCGUCUUGCGAGGCAUUCGUCUUGCGAGGUACCACUGUACAAAUGAGGCAUAGCAGGACGUCAAGUAGAGACGGGUGAAUCCAUCUAUAUGUCCAGCCAGUGGUGCUUUCACAUGUGUCUGCUCAUAAAUAUGUUCCAUCUUGUUUCUGAAUACAUCUGCAAAUCUUUUUUUUAAAAAACGAACAGCUGUGGCAGUAGCCUAUCGAAAGGUGAACUGAGGCAAUCCACCACUUGUCAAAAUUGUUCCUUCUUUCUUUCACGUGGUUUCAGAAGCAUCCUUGCAGUAACUUGGAUCAGAAGGACUAGGAAUUUCCUUGGCUCCCAGAAUCACACAACAGCCUCCUGAGCCAAAGACUCAGAUGUUCCUAUUCCUUGCUUCUCCACCCCAUCCCCCCACCCCCACCCUGGCUAUCAGUCUAUACAAGAGAGAGAGAAGGAAAGACAUACCUAGGAGAUCCUCCCAAUGGUUUGUAGCCAAGGCCUUGUGAGAGCAUUUUAGAUAAGAUUCCACUUUAUCUCUACUAUAAUAUUACCAAUAAAUUUGCCUCAGAAAAAGGAAAUGGGAGAAUUUGUGCUACUACUUUGGUUUGGCUUUUAAAAAACCUCAAAAAUAACACCUUCUCACUCAAUUCAUUCUGUGCACGGCAUCAGGCACAAGACAAGGAUGACAAUAAAUGGGACCGUCUGGAAUUUGAACAGUGUAUAGAUCAAAUGCCUUACAUUUGCUCAGCUCCUUCUCAUUUAGCCAAGAAUGGAUGUGUCUCUUGAUUGUCUGCACCAGAAAUAAUUGUGUCUCAUAUAUCCCCAGUCAGACGCCUUUAAGUGACCAGUGAGACAAGACCAUGGGGAAAUGGCC